AUAGAGCCAGCUCUUAGUUCAGCAGGGUGAACUAAUGGACGGAGAGAAGCAGGCACAGACCGAGUUACUGGAAAUAUUUGGACUUUAACUGUGCGGCGGCUUGGAGGAACACUGAGGGGCUUGUGUGAGGCGUAUGAGCUGCUCACAGGUGACGAAGACGAGCUGGUUGAUUUGGAAUCAAACUUGACAUUUACUGAACACACCACUGGAAACACAAGCCCUGAGACAGUCGACACUAUCAUGUCCAAUGACUCCAUUGUCCAGCACAAUGGUUUUCAGUGAGACCCGUCCUCUAACAGAUCUUCCCCUCAUCACCUCGGAUCAUCUUGGAUUUUAAUCCCUUUUGUCCGAUGCUCACCUGCAGGUUGAAUCCUGCUUUGGAUGCAUGUCUGUUCCCACCCUGGACUCAGCCAGCUCUCUGAACUUUACACUACCUGCUAUUUUCCCAGCGAUAUCCCCUGAUGAUCACAAGAGAAUAUGUCGCUCUGUUUCUGGUGGGCUCCUGCUUCCUGUUGGACUACAGCUCCCAAGUUCCCCUGCAGGUUCAGCUCCAGAGCAGAGCCAGAGCUGGAGGGGUGUCUGCCCGCGGACCCAGAGGUCAUAAGGUGAGAGCGUUUUUAGGUGAAGUGACAUCAUCGGAAGGCAGGAUGCGGCUCAGAGGGCACGGGAGGUCGAGGGUCCAGAGGAUUAAAAGAGGAUGGGUGUGGAACCAGUUCUUCGUCCUGGAGGAGUACAUGGGCUCUGAGCCGCAGUAUGUUGGGAAGCUCCACACAGACCUGGACCACGGAGACAACGCAGUCAAGUACACCCUGUCUGGAGAAGGAGCUGGCUCCAUCUUCACCAUCGAUCAGAUCACAGGAGACAUACACGCUCUACAGGGACUCGACAGGGAGGAAAAGUCUUUCUACACCCUGAAGGCCCAGGCUGUAGACCUCCUCUCCGGCGUUCCUCUGGAGCCGGAGUCAGAGUUCAUCAUUAAGGUGCAGGACAUCAACGACAACGAGCCACGGUUUCCUGACGGUCCCUACAGCGCCAGCGUCCCGGAGAUGUCCCCCACAGGGACCUACGUGACACAGGUGACCGCCACAGACGCAGAUGACCCCACAUAUGGCAACAGCGCUCGGAUCGUCUACAGCAUCCUUCACGGCCAGCCGUACUUCUCUGUGGAUCCAAAGACAGGUGUGAUCAGGACGGCUCUAGCCAACAUGGAUCGUGAGGUGAAAGGGGAGUACCAGGUGCUGCUCCAGGCCAAAGACAUGGGAGGUCAGCUGGGGGGUUUGGCUUCAACCACCACCAUCAACAUCAGCCUGAGCGACGUCAACGACAACCCACCACGCUUCGCUAAGAGUGUUUUUCAUUUACGGGUGCCAGAGUCAGCGACAGUCGGCUCUCCGGUGGGUCGUAUUCGAGCCAACGAUCUGGAUGAAGGCAGCAAUGCAGAGGUGGAUUAUACCAUCGUUCCAGGAGAUGAAGGCAACAUGUUUGAUAUCCUCUCUGACAGCCAGACCCAGGAGGGGGUCGUGGUCCUGAAAAAGCCUCUCGACUAUGAGACCAAGAAGUCAUACACCUUCAAGGUCGAGGCGUCUAACGCACAGCUGGACCCUCGUUUCCUUCACCUGGGGCCCUUUAAGGACUCAGCGAUAGUCAAGGUGACGGUGGUGGACAUCGAUGAGCCUCCCGUGUUCACAAAGAGCUCCUACUCUUUAGAAGUGUACGAGGACACUCCUCCAGGAACCAUCAUCGGCUCAGUGACCGCCCACGACUUGGACGCCAGCAGCAGCGCCGUCAGGUACUCUCUGGAAUGGCUGUCUGAGUCUGACAGCUCUUUUGAUAUCGACACAGUCGAAGGAACCAUUUCAACCAACGACUACCUGGACAGAGAGACGGCGGUUCAACACAACAUCACUGUGGUGGCGACCAAAGUCAACAAUCCUCUGCUGUCGACCAAAGUGUCUGUGACUGUCGACGUCCUGGAUGUGAACGAGUUUCAUCCUGAGCUGUUUGUCCCGUCAGAUACCUUCGUCUGUGAAAACUCUCGAAUCGGACAGGUGAUCCAGACGGUCAGCGCCGUGGAUAACGACCUUCCUCCUGUCGGUCAGAGAUUCUUCUUCAAGUCUCCCAAAGAGCUCCGCAACAGAAACUUCACCGUCCGAGAUUUUGGAAAUAACACAGCCGGCAUCGUGACUCGGCGCUCGGACUUCCAGCGGCGGCUCAUGGAUGUUUACACUCUUCCUGUUGUGGUUGAAGACAGCGGUUACCCCGCCCAGAGCAGCACGACCACUCUCACCAUCAGGGUGUGUUCAUGUGGGGUGGGGGGCUCGCUGCUCACGUGUUCAGCUGAGGCCAUCUUCCUGCCUGUGGGCCUCAGCACCGGAGCUCUGAUGGCCAUCCUGCUGUGUGUCGCUCUGCUCAUGGUUGUAGCAGCUCUUUACAUGGGCCAGAGACGCCACAAAGAGAAAGAGACGUUGAUGACAUCCAAAGAGGACAUCCGCGAUAACGUCAUCCACUACGACGACGAAGGUGGAGGCGAAGCGGACACUCACGCCUUUGACAUGGGCACCCUGAGAAACACGCACCCACAUCGCACCAGCACCCUCAGCAGCAGCCUGUCUAGGAAGGAGAAGAACGGCUACGGGGACGGCGUUCUGUUGCAUCUCAGCUCACGCUCAGACAACGUCAGGACGCCUGACAUCCACUGUCAGACCGCCAGCGUCCUCGCAGCGGUGAACAAAACGGGGACGCUGUCCUCCCGUGGCAGAGUGACUGAGGGGGAUGCGGAAAAGAUCAGGGAGUUCAUCGAGCAGCGUUUAGAGGAGAGUCAGAAGGGAUUCGCCGCCCCGCCCUACGACUCACUGGCUACUUACGCGUACGAGGGCGAGGGCUCGGUGGCCGGCUCGCUCAGCUCCAUCGAGGAGUCGUGGGUCAUCGAUGACACGGGGGACUUCAGCUCUCUGGGAGACUGGGGACAGCCGUUUAAAACGCUAGCCAACAUUUUGGACAAAAAGCCAACUGAAGAGGCUGACGACAGCUGAAAGGAGGCUCGCUAGGGUGGCCAUGUUGGAUUUAGUUUAAUUUUCUAGACCUUUUUUUUACUGUGACAGGCACUGGUUAGAGUGACAUGAGGACUGUAGAAAGCUUUCUGUGUGAAGUAGAGCCGUGGAUGAUUAGAUGGA